AUUUCAGUAAAUUGGUAUUGGAUGUUGUCAAGGGUAUAAAUGACAUUUUAUAAAAGAGAAAAAGGUUUGGGAUAAGCUUAAGCUAAGACUCUCCUCCACCGGCCCGGACUCCCAUCAUCAGUACCCAAAACUCAGUUUGAGGCUGAAACUGUUCUUCUUCUUCUUCUUCUUCCUCUGCUAGCUAGGGCACAAUUAUAUAUUCUCCAUUAUUCACUUCAGAGUCCUGCUAGCCAUGACUAUAAUGAAUAUUGUCGAUAAAAAUUAACCCUACUAGAAGGGUUCACAAUUUGAAGAACAAGCUUAAGAUAGUAUAGGCGAGUGUGUCGUGUGGUGUGAAGAUGGCUGUAGCAGUAUCGUUUAACUGCUACAAAUCUCUGUCGUUUAAUUCGGUCAGCUAUCCAAAACGACAUCUAUUGACUCCUCACCGUUGUCGUUUGGUGGUUAUAGGAUGUAGCAGGGAAGAAGAUUCAAUUUCAGUUUCACAAGAUAAGGAAGUGGACAACUUGGGUGUUAAAGCUGCAUUAUGUGUAUUGAAAUUCUACAAAAGUGAAAUAUCACCAAUGUUGCCGAAAAGUUGUCGUUUUGUACCAACGUGUAGUGAGUAUUCAAUGGAAGCUUACAAGAAAUAUGGGUUCGUUAAGGGUAGUGUUUUGACCACUUGGCGUAUUUGUCGUUGUAAUCCUCUUGGUGGAUCUGGAUUUGAUCCUCCAAGGUGGUUCGAUGAGACAAGUUUACCUGAAGAAUAAGAAAAAAAAAAUUAAUAGAAAGAAGAAUGAGUAAUGUGCAUAUGUUAUAUUUUUGCAUUUACUCACUUUUGCAAUCAUUACUUUUUUUUUUACUUAUAAUAUGAAUGGUCGGAUAUUAAACUUGAAUUUCUUGUCUUCAAAGGCAAAUAUAUAUGAUUUGUUGUUCAAGCAAAAAAACAAAAGUCAAAUAUGUAUAUAUUUAUAAUGGAAA